AAAUGCACAUAAUUGUUUUGAAAAAAAUAUUAUUAACUUCUUUGUUUGUAUCCAUUAAGAGUUAUAAUACUAUAACGGAAUUAUUUGACGAUCAAAUACAAGUUAGUCAAAUCGACGUGCCGCUUCAAAAAGAAUACAAUGAAGCUUUUCGAAAAAAAUUGGAAGUUCCAUUAGAUUUAAAUAGGUUGCUGCGAAUAUACGAAAACGGUUUCGAUAAUUUUAGGAACACAUACCCAAGAACAAAGACAGUUCUAUGCGAUUAUAACAAAUACAAUAACACCAGUAGUGAAACUAGUAAAACGAGAAGUUGGGCAACACAUCCGCUACAAUGUUUCAAGCAAUUGGAGAUUGAAAUGGAGUUGAUUUACAAUGAAAUGAUAAAAUCUUCGGCUGAAUUAAUCUACGAUAUUCUGCAAAAAUACGUAGAUGAGACUUUGAUAGUAUUACGUCAACUUGCUCAUGAACCGUGUAUAAACAAGAGACCGUCAACAUUCGAUCUCAUAUCGAUUUCGGAAACGAAUAGAGAAUUUUUCUUCGCAUUACGAUUUAUUUUGAUGCGUGAUAAUAAAUAUAUUGAGGAGAUAUUCGAAAUCUAUAUGUUUUUUAGUGCAAGAAAUUACGAAAAAUCGUCAAUAACUGUGGCUGAACUGUAUUCACUCGUCGAAAGUAUUCCUCGUUCAGGUAAUAAGAGAACUCUAGAUAAAAUUAUGUCAAUUAAAAGUUCAUGCAAUCCCAUUAUCCGUGAACCACAAACCUACCAUUUUGUAUGGCAUUUCGACACGUAUUUCAACCAAGAUACAAACGUAUCGAACACGAGGAAAAUCGAUAAUGAUGAAACAAUUUUACAUGAGCAAUUUGAAGGUAUACCGCAUGAGAUAAAUGAAAACAUAGACAAAAAUAAACGCAUACUUAAAAGUGGUAUAUUGAAAUUUACAAGGCCAUUUUUAGAUGAUGAAAAUUCGUCCUGGAUUUCAUAUUACACACUAGAUUGGUCGUUUUUAAAAUACUGGAAGUACUACAAUACUGGAUUUUUUAUGGACAUUAGCUUAUCAAAACACAAGGCACGCGUUAAUAAAGAUACGGUAAAUAUUUAAGAAUUAUUAUUAUUAUAUUUUUAAUUUUUGUUGAAAAAUAAAUAAUAAUUACAUAGAGGUGUAUUUGUUUAACGAGAACAAUUUACAUGGGUUUUUAUAUUUCAAGAGAUUGUCAUGAGACACGAUGGCCUUUUUUUUUUUUUUACUCAUCGUAUUUAUGAACAGGCUCUAAAUUGCAGUUCUCUAGGAUGCCAAAAGUGUAAAUUCAUCUCUGUAUAAUCUAAAGUUCAGCGUAUUACGAAUUUUAAAAUUUCAAUCAUACAAACCUGGAAGGUGCAACAAUUCUGGUAUCCAGAUUUGUACUUUCCAGGUUAUGACAAACAUUGAAAUUGGGAAUGCACAAAUCUGAAAAGUAAAAUUAUUGAAAUAUUGUUAUCAACUACAAAGAACUGUGAUAGCUAUAAUUUCUGGAGUACAUAAAAACUUGGAAUAAUAGUCGUGAAAUCUGGAUUUUAAAAUCCUAACAGUGAAAACCGAAAUAGCAGAAAUCUAGACAAUAAAAUUCUCUAAUUCUAAAAUUUGAAAUCUGUUAAACAUUUGACUAAACAAACGAUUUUCAAGAUUUUUACCAGAUUAGCGUGGAUUUAUAAUUUAAUAAUUCCAUAUUUUGAAAGUUAGAUCAGGUCACAUAAUGGAGUUUGUCAAUUUCAAAUUUAUCUAAAAGAUUCUUAAAGAUAUCUUAAUGUCCAAAAGUAUUUCUUUUCAGAUGUAUACAGUUCAGUUUUGAUAUCCAGAAAAUUUCUUGUCAUUACUGACCGGGAAAACAGCAUGAUUAUAGAAAAAAAAAACAAAUAUUUUAAGAAUUUAUUAAGAUUGAUAAUACGCAAUAAUAUACUAAGUACAUAGUAAGGCAGAUUUAUAAUGGGUGGACAGAUAUGCAUGGUGUUUUAGUCUAGAAAAAAAAUUUAAAAAAUUUGGUUCUUAUGAAUUUUUUAGAUUAUCUUUUGGAUGAUUUUAUCUUGAUUGUUCCAAUGAUUACCUAUAAAAAGUUUUUUAUAAAAAAAUUAAGUAAGUUUCUCUCGUAGAAUUAAACUAAUAUAAUUUUACUGAAUUUUAGAUUCGGAGCAUAGUGUUGUUUAUUUUAUAUUUUUCUUAUCCGUGAACAUUUUUUCUACUUCAAAUCUUGUUCUAAUUUUCAAGUUUAGUACUUUUCUGAAAGUAAAUUUUAUCAGGAUGAUACUUUAAUCAGGUAAUUUUUUUUUUUUAGUGGUUUUCAUAAUAAUUGGGAAUACCGGGAAAAAACGUAAGACAAAUUGGUAAAAGAAAUUUCGUUUUUUGUUAGCAAUGGUAUAUCGUUGAUUAGAAAUAUAAAUUAAAUUUCCCUCUACAUAUCCUACAUUCCCAACUUUUCACCUACAACAAUGGUCCACCCGUCGUACGAAGUAUGUCCGUCUUUUUUAAGUUGUUUUUUUUUUUUUAAUUUUUUGUUGUAGAGAAUUUCACUGAAUGAUGUAUUCGAAGAUAUUGCAACCAAUGCAUCAUUAGACAGAAUCAUGGCAGUUAACCAACUGGUCCCUUUUAUUAUACACAAUUAUAUUGCACAUAUAGUGAUGUAUUUAUACGGAUUAACGAUCAUUGCUUACCAAUAUCUUAGUCAAUUCAUUAUGUUUGGCCAAACACAUGUAGGACACUUUGGCCAUAAAAUUAAUUUAGGUUCUGUAUUUGUGAAAAAUAGACAUGCGUUUUAUAAAUAUUUUAAAGAAUCUCUUUCCGUCUUCGAAGUACAAUACGAACUAUUCUGCGACAUUAUUAAACACGAUCCGGCAAAAAUUGUACGAUUAUUGCAACAACUUAAUUUGAUCUUUGAUUGCAGUGGAGAUUUGGACAAUUAUCUGAAAAGUGCAAACAAAAUUAAAAUGUUACAACAUAUAUUGAUCAACAAUUUUAAAUGGGAUCUGAAUCGUUUCACCUAUCUUGUCGUACUUCGGAAAAAAAAUUAUAAUAUUGUGCAACUUAUGGACAACUUUGACAACAUUAAUAAAGGAUUCAACAGCUUAAUAGAGCAGAUGGUUGAAGCGGGAAUUGACAAAUUAUAAUCCUCAAACAAAUUCACCAAACGAAAUUUAAUAAAUUCACAUUUUCGGUUUUGAACAAUUCAUUGUGCAAAUUCGUUUAUGGAUGAGUCUUAUAAUCAAGACGAUUUUAGAAUAAAGCGAGGGAAUCUAAGUAAAAUUACUACAUCAUUGGAUGUCAAUUAAUCACCGAAUCACGUCCAUUGCUUGAAUUUAAAUUGCAUUGUUCAAAACAGUAGUUUAUAGUCCGCGUAAUCUCUAAUAUUACUAAUUUGACCGUUAUAUUAUUUAGAUAUCAAUAAUUAUAUAGUUUUGCUG